AUGAAAUGAAAUAAUGGCUUUUGAGCACAGUUUUAUCAUUGUUUUAUCGUGUUUAUUAUCUGAGGUUUUGCAUUGCACUUGACUAUUAUGUUUUUAUUGAAGGAUAUUUCAAUGUUGGUGUUUCUCGAUUAUUUACCUAAAAAUUAAGACCCAGGCUCACAGGUGUCCCUUCAUUAGGUAUCACUAUAUCACGGAAAGCAGGUAUUACCCCCUUUUUUUCAAAGGUGCAAAAACAGUCAUGAUGAAGAAUCUACAUGGGAAAAUAUGUCGCUUAUGCUUUAGUAAUGAUCUGAAUGGUUUUGAGUCUAUAGAUUCAAAUAUGAAGGACAUGAUCGAAAUAGUACUUCCAGAUUUGAACAUAAAUAUCUUUGGGAAAAGUAUAUUAUGCAUUCAUUGUUCUUCAAACCUAUCCAAGGCAUUUGCUUUCAAAUCAUCAUGUCUGGAAAUUGAAGAUAACAUCCACAAUUACACAAAUAAUGGACAGGUACAAGUCAAUUUGGAAAAAAUAUUGGGUUUAAAUGAUAUGGAUGAUAACACAGAUGAUAAUGAAAGUGUAAAAAGAAGUAUGAGAAUUUGCAGAACUUGUUUAGAUAUUGUGGAAUUUGAGAUAUUCACUAGGCUUGAUGGAUAUGAAAAUCAUUCCAUAAACCACAUAUUGCAAAAAUGUUUACCAGAAUUGGAUCGUGAUCUAACAAAAGAUCCAGGUAUAUGUGAUAAAUGCAAACAUUUGGCAAGCAAUACUUAUAAUUUUAUUUCUCAAUGUAUGGAUCUUGAAUUGAAGAUAAGGGACUAUGUGCAAUCUGAAUCACCUGAAAAUUUCAAUGUUCAUAAUGCUUACAAAUAUGUAUUUUCUGAAAAAGAUGCUGUAUUCAUAUUGAAUUCAGAUGUACAAAUAUUAACUGAAGAAACUGAAGAAAUCCUCACAAUGGAAAUUGAUACCCCACAAGAUAGAUCUGAUGGUGAUUCUAAAAAAAUAUAUGAGUCCCACCCAGAAUAUGAGGACAAAAUAGUGGUUACACAAACAAGUGAAGUUGAUGAAGCAAGCACACUUGAUUCUUACCAAGAAUAUGAUGAAAAAAUAAUUACUUCCAAUCCAAGUCCUGUUCAAGAACAAAACAUUGAAAUAACAAAAAAAAGUCACAAAGAAUAUGAUGAAAAAUCAAGUACUUCCAAUGCGAUUCCUGUUCAAGAACAUAACAGUGAUACAAGACCAAAUCAUGAAGAAUAUGAAGAAAAAACAAGCACUCCCAGUACAUUUCCUGUUCAGGAAGAAAAUAUCACUGUACCAAAAACAAAUACUAUUGAGGAAAGUCCCAUUGAACCUGCUUCAUUAGAAUUAAUAUGUGAAUCUGGGGAGAAAACAGAUACCACUAGAAAAAGAAAGUAUUCAGGCAAUUACACAUCCUCAUCAGAUGAGGUAACUAUAAUUGAUACCAGUGAUGUCAUGGAGACAAGGAAAUCUACUGAUGGACCAUCUAAACCUCGUAGAAGUAAUACCAGAAGGUCUUGCAGGUUAACAACUAAACUUGUGAACUCAAAAAGUGAUGUAGAUACCACUGAUGAUUCUGACUUUAGACCAGAUAAUUACCGUAGUUCUGAUUCAGAUGAUCACUUCCAGAACUAUGCACAAGCAUUUAGUUCAACUUCAAGAAAUAGAUUCCGAAGAUUAUGCCCCAAAGGAAGAGCUCCAAAGAAGAAGAAAUCCACUACAAAGGAGAAUGUGAACAACAAUUUCUACCUGGUAAUCGCAUCUGACCAUCAAGCAAAUGGCGGCCAACAAGUAUACCAAUUGGUUUUAAAUCCUUCCUCAACAAGUGUUGCAAACAAUCAUCCAGUGUUGCUAGCACCAGUUACCGGAACAAAUGCUAGUGGUUCAUCCUCACAAGGAAGAUUAUUAUUUACUGGAACAAAAGCAGCACCUGUGACUAGGGUCUCAGGGUCCAGACGUACCCCAAUGGUUGUACCUCAAACAUCGACAGUAACUCCUUCACAACAAUCAACGCCUAACAUUUCAGUUCCUUCAUAUAGAAAUGUGCAACCAAGAAAUUUAACCUCUGAAGCAUUUCGUUCAAGAUUCAUAUCAUUUCCUGGGAGUAACAUAGGAUCAGGUAUUACUGGGACAUAUCCAGGAAAUGUAACAAUUUCUCAAACAUCAUUACAACAAGAUGCAGUUGUGGGGCCUCAGAUGAGGGUUUGUCAAGGAGCUUCAGUCACUUCUGUCCAGCAAUCAUUUGUUGCUUACAACCAACAAGUUGCAUCCAUUCCUGGGCCAUCAAAUAAUGGAAUGAUAGGGUCAUAUGCUCCAAAUGUAUUAUCGUUUACUGGAGAUGCUUAUUCAACCACACAAACACCAACACUGUCUGUUGCAUAUGCAGAACCUACUCCAUCAAUUUCUUAUGCAGCAACAAUCGGUAAUAAUAACACACAAUUUGCACAACAAACUGCUUCGGUUUGCGGAGUUACAUCAAUUAUAACGGAUAAUGGAGCUGGAACAAGUGUUCCUAGAAUGCCUAUUCAACAAGCUUCAUUGAUCAAUGGACCUAACACAAUAUUCACCAAUAAUCAAAUUUCAAUGAAUCAAAUGGGAAGUUACCAAACCACAUCUGUUACAUCUUUACAAGAAACUUUAUUGAAUAACGUUCAGUCAACAUUAAUAACUGGCAACACAUUUAGUUCAUUACCUCAACAAACUCCUUCAUUCACCGAUUACAUCAAUAAUGCACCUAAUCAAAUGAUGUUGCAACAAAUUCCAUCAAAACCAGGAAAUAUCCCUGCAAUGUCAAUUACGGAAAUUAAUCCGGCAACAUCAACUACUGGUAAUGAAUUAGGAACAACAAUUUCUGUGACAUCUGCGGUACCAUCAAUUACUGGUAAUGAAUUAGGAGCAACAACAGUUUCUGGUAUAUGUGCACAACAGACUUCCUUAGUUAAUGAAGUCAAUCCAGUCACACCAAUUAGUGGUUACGAAUUAAGAGCAACAACUGUUCCUGUGACAUCUGCACAACAAACACCAUUAAUUACUGAAGUUAAUCCGGUAAUAUCAACUACUGGUAUUGAAUUAGGAGCUACAACAGUUUCUGCAACAUCUGUUCAACACAAUUCUUCAAUUACUUCAGUAAGAGAAGAUAUUCCUGCAACAGUAAUACCCACUGCUCCCGCUUCAACAACUACUCCAGUUUAUGAGGCAUUAUCAAAUACGAAUAAUGCACAUCAAACUGUAUCGAUGACUGAAGUUACUCAAGUACCAUCAAAAACUAGUACGACAACAGUUUUCCAGCAUGCCCUACAACAACAUUUGUCAACACUGGUCACUGGUAAAGCAACUGCAUCUUCAUUUUCUGGGGCAUCAACACAACAACUUUUCACAAUUACUGGAGAUAAUAGAGCAACUGCAACUUCUGGUGCUACUGGAACAGCGAUUAACACACUUUCAUGUUCAUCUUUGCAGCUAACUUCAACGAUCAGUGGUACAAAAUCUAGCGCAUUCACACUUUCUGUACCUCCCUCUCAACAAACCUUGAAAGGUUCGAAGGUGUCUGAUAGAUAUUUGGUUCUAAGGAAUCCCCCUGACAGUAUAUUAUCAUCACUAUUACUCAAAAAUCCACCAAUUGCAAAGAAACCGCGUAAGAGGAAUGCAGCUCCUACAAAAAAAUCAAAGCCUCCAAUAAUUCUGAAAAAUGUGAAGAAACCUUCAUUACCAAGCAAGAAGACGCCAUCAAGCUUGCCUACAAUUAUAGAUAUUACAGGCGAUUCUACAGAUUCCUAUCGGAUACCGACGAAAAGAUAUUACUGUGCAUACUGUGAUCAUACAAGUUACAGUAAAUCUUUGGCAGAUAGACAUUAUAAUAAAUGCCAGAGCCGUUCAAAACAUCGUAAGUAUUUCGAAUGCCUCAAAUGCGGUUAUAGGGAAAAUAACGACUAUCUUUACAAGAAGCAUAUAAAGAGCUGUGGAAAAAAGAAGAAGGCUAAGACAAAAAAUACUGCCGUAAUAGAGAUAAUUGAUCUUGAUGAUUCAUCAUCUUCUCAGGAAACACAGCAAAACCAGCAACAAUCAGCAAAAUCAGAUCCUGUAUCGAAUGAGAUACAGUGUACUGAUAAACUUUCAGAACAAAACAAACUUCCACAAACUUCUAGUGUUUCAUCGACAAAAACAUUUGAGGUUCUUACUGUGGAGAACUUGAACAAUCACAACGCACCUGCGCCAAUUUCUAAUAGUAUAGAACUCUCUGAACAAGAAAGGCUUGCAUUAACUUCUAGUGUUCCAUCGGAAAAAACGUCUGAUAUAAGUUCUGAAGUGGAAAACAUUGAAAAUCCACCAACUUCCAAUAGUAAAGAACAAUCUGAACAAGAAGGACUUGCACCAACUUCUAGUCAUCUAUCUGAGGAAACGUCUGAGGUACAUUCUGAAGUGGUGAACAGCGAAAAUAUAAUAGACUCCAAUAAACAAUAUGGAGUUGCGCCAACUUCUAGUGGAAUAGAACACUCUGAAGAACUCGCACCAACUUCUAAUAAUUCAUCUGUAAAAACUUCUGAGGUUAAUUCUAAAGCAGAGAAUAUUGAAAAUAUGAUAGACUCAAAUAAACAAAACGAAUUUACGCCCACUUCUAGCGAAAUAGAACAAUGUGAACAAGAAAGACUGGCACCAACUUCUAUUAAUUCAUCUGAAAAAACUUCUGAGGUCAAUUCUGAAGCGGAGAACAUUGAAAAUAUAAUAGAAUCCAAUAAACAAAACGGACUGGCGGCCACUUCUAGUGAAAUAGAACACUCUGAACAAAAAGGACUUGCACCAAUUUCUAUUGUAUCAUCUGAAAAAACUUCUGAGGUUAAUUCUGAAGCGGAGAACAUUGAAAAAAUAAUAGACUCCAAUAAAAAAGACGGACUUGCGCCAAAUUCUAGUGAAAUAGUACACUCUGAACUAGAAGGACAUGCACCAACUCCUAUUGUUUCUUCUGAAAAAACUUCUGAGGUUAAUGCUGAAGCAAAGAACAUUGAAAACAUGAUGGACUCAAAUAAACAAAACAUACCUGCGCCAACUUCUAGUGAUAUAAAACACUCUGAACAAGAAGGGCUCACAUCAACUCCUAUUGUUUCAGCAGAAAAAGCUUCUGAGGUUAAUUCUGUAGCAAAGAACAUUGAAAACAUGCUGGACUCAAAUAAACAAAACAUACCUGCGCCAACUUCUAGUGAUAUAAAACACUCUGGACAAGAAGGACUUACACCAGCUCCUAUUGUAUCAGGAGAAAAAGCUUCUGAGGUUAAUUCUGAAGUAGAGAACAUUGAAAACAUGAUGGACUCAAAUAAACAAAACAUACCUGCGCCAACUUCUAGUGAUAUAAAACACUCUGGACAAGAAGGACUUACACCAGCUCCUAUUGUAUCAGGAGAAAAAGCUUCUGAGGUUAAUUCUGAAGUAGAGAACAUUGAAAACAUAAUGGACUCAAAUAAACAAAACAUACCUGCGCCAACUUCUAGUGAUAUAAAACACUCUGGACAAGAAGGACUUACACCAACUCCUAUUGUUUCAGGAGAAAAAGCUUCUGAGGUUAAUUCUGAAGUAGAGAACAUUGAAAACAUAAUGGACUCAAAUAAACAAAACGGACUCGCGCCAACUUCUAAUGAUAUAGAACACUCAGAACCAGAAGGACUUGCUCCCACUUGUAGGGUUGUAUCGGCAAAUACAUCAGAUAUUGAUUCUAAAGUUGAAAACAUAUUGGACUCUAACAAACAAAACGGACUUGCACCAACUUCUAGUGCUUCAUUGAAAAUUGUGUCCAAGGUUCCUUCUGAAAUGAAGAAGAUUGAGGGCAAAACAAACUCCAAAAAACAAAACGGGCUUGCGCAGACCACCACUAGCAUGGAACACUCAGAACAUAAAACAACUAGUGUUUUAUCCAAAAAAACGUCUGAGGUUGGUUCUAAAGUGAAGAAAGCAAAAACGGACUUGAACAAACAAAACGUUUUUACGCCCACUUCUAUUCCUAAAAAACAUAAGAAAAAGAAGUCUAAAGUUCAUACCAAAAUGAUCGUGAAGCAUGUUGAAGACAAAAAGAACUUGAAAAACAUGCCCCCUUCUAGCAGCAUAGAACAAUCCGAACAAAAAGGACUUGCUGUUUUGAAGUGCGAUUUGUGUUCUUUCAAUGCCCGAACAUAUGUAAAGAUGGCGAAACACAUUCGAGUGCAUGUGGCCAAGUUAAAGAAGGACGAUGUGUUUCAAUGUGAUCAUUGUGAGUCUUGUUUCAUGAAUAUACAAGAUACUAUUGACCACCUCAAAUAUUCGCAUUGCUUAGAUUAUUACAAGAUAUAUUAUUGGUGCGUGAAAUGUGCUACUGUUUUCAGUAAGCCAUUCGAGCUUCAGGAGCAUUUCCUCAAAUGUUCCUUCAAAGAAAAAAUCGUGAGAUUGUUCAAGAGCAACAACAGUGUAUUUUGUCUGAUGUGUGAAUUUGAGACUGAUGAUGUGAAUGAAGCUAGGACGCACUUGAAAUCUUGUCGAAUCAAAAAUGUUGUCGUUUCAGAUGAUGUGAUUGAAAUUGAUUGACAAUGACAAGUUCUUAUAUUUUAUUGUAUAUGUCUACAUAGUUGUCAACUUUUUAUCGAAUUAUUUUUAACAAAAAUGUUGAUUACCUAUAUAUACUUAUGAAUAAAAUUAAGUAGUUUUUAUGUGAAAUGUGUCAAGUCUAAUGGUGGAGAAAUAAAAACCAAUCAAGUUGGUAUGUUUAGACAGGGUGAUUAAUUUUUUGUAUCAAAACAUUAGAAGUCGAAAUAUAUCAAGUACUAGAGUGCAUCUUAGAGAAUAUUACGACCUACGGAAAUAUAAUAUGAGACAAGGAUCCUUUUUCAUUUUAUAAGAGAUGGAAUUAAUUUUUCACAUGAACCAAACAUUGGCGUAUUACUGAAAGCAUAUUAUAUUUCUUUUUGUUUUUACUGAAAACAAGACUUGCUAGUUAUCGAUAGCUAACGAUAACCUCAUGUUUAUACUAUUUUGAAGUGAGGCGAAGAUAGCCAAGAAGAAAGUUGAAAACAUUGAAAACCCCAUACUAAACUACUGACUUAGAAUAAUCAUCCAGCACAUCAUAAAAGUACAGGGCUAGUUUUAUUAAUGUGAACCCCCCUCUAUCGUUUUUGUUUUCCACCCAUUCAAAAAAUUUCAAAACUGAUUCGAUACAAUUUUUCACACAGAUUUCACUCAUUUUGACAAUGAUGCAAUAUCUAUUCAAAUAUACAGGGUAUACAGAAAUAAAUAUAUUUUUCAAAUGAAACGCCCUGUAUAUUUCGAUAAAUUUGAAUUCCCCAAAUCAUCCUGAUUUCAAACAUAUAUAUAGAAGGAUCUUCAUCUAUCAAAAUAUACAGUGCAUUCCAUAUAAAAAAAUCAAUAUAUUUCUGUAUACCCUGUAUAUUUGAAGAGAUAUUGCAACACUCUCUCAAUAUGAUUGAAAUCAAUAUGAAAUAUCGUGAAAAAAUCAGUUUUGAAUCUUUUUGAAUGGAUAGAAAACGAAGAAGAUGAAGGGGGGUUCACAUUAAUAAAACUAGCCCUGCACAUAUACCUCCGCAAUUCGUACUACUCCAACAGUUGUUUUUUCAUUAGGCAUUUUUAAUAUUCUCUAAGAUAAGAAUGAACGCUUUCAACUAAUUGAAUUAAUUAGUGAUUGAAAGUUGGUAGCAUGAUAAAACUGCUGGAACAAAAUAGUUAUCACUUUUAUCGGUCUUAAUUUUUGUUUAAUAUUACAUCACACUUUGUAGAAAAUGAAAGAAUAUCAAAAACUAAAAGUUGUGAAAUUCUGAUAAAAACAACAUUUCAUAAAAAACUUUUUUGAAAUUCAAACAACUAGGUCUAUUUUUAGCCAUUUCCAAAUAAUACGAAAGUACAGGGUUGGGAUAGACCAAAUUGUAAUACUCUGUAUAUAUGAACAAAUCACCUCCAAUUUUUUUUAUUCAAGAACCAUUUUCCAGUGCUGAAAAGUGUACGAUCUUCUUCGCACUCUAAUGAGUAUAUAUGUAUACUAUAGUUUUUAUACCUUCCACAAGAAGGAAGAAUUUCGCGGACAUUAUGUAUACGUAGGUGAUUCUUCAUUUUAGAACCAUAUCUUUCUUACUUGGAUAUAUUAUUACUAUACACAGUCACGCCGGAAAAAAUUCCACUACGUGAGGAAUUUUAUUCCAGGUAUAUUUUUUGAUUGAUUUGAUUGAGAGAAAACCGAGAAUGCCCAUGACAUUCUCGGAUUUUCAAAAUAAACUGUACAUUUUUGUCAAAUCUGAUCGUGAUUGACUUUUAUCGAGAUGUUCGACCUUUUCCAUACGUUUUAUUGGCCCUGUUACUAUCAACUCGCCUUGGCUUCUCAUUUUCUCCACCAUGUGUAUAUAUCACUUUUUGUGGACUAUUUGUAAAUAGUGAUGAGUCAACUCUUCUCAUUGUAUACCUAUACUUAUUGAAUAGGAAAUACAUUUUUUAUAA